GCCACACCCCUACACAAAUGGGGCAGGUCCUCAGUUGGGAGGAUUUAUAGUGUGCAGAAACACGUCCCAUGUCACUGUCACCAGUCUGCUCAAGAGCUAUAACUAAGCCAAGCAGCAACAGUCUCCGCCCACCAUGUCCUUCAUGGCAAUAACAAGUAUAACCUGGGUACUUGCCAUCUCCGUCGUCCCUCUGGUGGCAGGAGAUGCAACUAGCAACGUAAACACGACUUACAGGCCUUAUAUUCCCGACGGACCUGAAUUUCCCUUAAGAACAAGUGAUCUUGAAUACCUCUCUUCCCUGACGAUUGGAGAUGAUGGGAGGGUGUUUCUGCCUCACGCGAAGAAACAACUCCAGCGUCAUCUGCCAGUAGCUAGGAAUUCCUGUCCAAGCAGCGAUGUACCAGUCAUGUGUGGUACGUACCAGCUGCAACCAGGCCAGUCACUCACCGUAGCUACGCCUUACCACCCGAAAGUUUAUCCGAACAGAUUCACUUGUUCGUGGACUUUCAAGGCAUCGAGUGGCAGUGAGAUCGCCUUCUCCUGCAGUGAAUUUAGGCUUGAUACAAUAGGCAAGGACUUCCUCGGCGUGACACACGUCGUGGGGCAAACUAUUAAAAGAUUUAAAAAAACCAACAGACCUCAGGUGACAACAUCGGGCGGCAAACUCGACCUUAUCUUCAGGUCAAACAAGAAGAGAAUUGCCAGAGGUUUUAAAUGCCUCGUUUCUGAUCUCGCCGUGCCAACAACAACGACCACCACAACUACCACCACAACUACCACAACAACUACCACAACAACUACCACGACUACACCCAGUACUACAACAACAACUACCUCGACUACACCCAGUACUACAACAACAACUACAACUACAACAACUACCACAACCGAAGCACCGUUGCCUCUUUCCCAUGCUUCGUGUGGUGUUAUGAAUACAAGGGUUGUCAACGGCGUACAGACAACUGCAAAUGAAUACCCUUGGAUGGUCUGGCUCACGCUGUCCUGGAGCAACGGGGCAACGAGGAGGUGCGGCGGAACAAUAAUUCACGAACAGUGGGUCCUCACAGCCGCGCAUUGCCCGUUCCGACUGAACAGCGCCCAAACCGCCCUGUAUCUACCCAGUCGCAUCACUGUGACCGUCGGCGCCCACCUCCACGCCAGGCCCGGUGAUCACGGCGGUUUCAAUGUGGAAGUGGAUGUCAACAAUAUCCACAUGCAUCCACAAUACCGGUUGCCUUAUGACAUCGCUCUGUUGAAGUUAGCCUCUCCCUUGACCUUAUCGGCGACGGUCAAGCCUGUUUGUCUGGCACCCCGAGCCUGGGUCAGCGAUGACAUGGCCGGCAAAGAGGUCACUCUGUCAGGCUGGGGCAAAACCGAGUCAGGUGGACUCUCAACCUAUUUAAGAGAAUACAGUACCGUGGGUUACAGUUUCCCUGACUGCGUCGAUUUCUACGGAACGUGGAUGAGGCCGACGCAGAUGUGCACGGACGGAGCGCAGAGGAAACAUACGUGCGCUGGCGACUCCGGCGGACCGGUGGUGCGCAUAGAAAACGGGAAGGCAUUCCAGGUGGGAGUCAUCAGCUUCGGAGCGUCCGCAGACUGUAAGGAUCAAAGUCCCGAUGGUCAAGUACGAGUUGCCGCCUUUAUCGACUGGUUCGAAUCCAUUACGGGACUCACAUUCUCGAUUUAAUGAAGAAAAUGGUGACCGCCGUUUCAAAAUAAUGUAUUUAUGUAUUUAUUGAUUUUUUUUUUUUAUUCAUAGUUUCUUAGUCAGACUUUCUUCGCGUAGAGAUGAAAAUUACGCGUUUAAACUAUUUUUGUUUUAUCCAAAUUGCGGUUAUUAACGGCUUAGAAUUUGGCAUAUCAUACAUGAAUAAAUUUCCAGAUGAGAU